AUGUCACACGAUGGCCAGCUUGAUUUCUACCCCAUUGUCAAGAAGUAUCUCGACCGCCUCCUUGGGGAGGUCGUCGAUGGUGCCAUCACCUACGCCUUGUUGAGGCUGGAGGGUUCCGGUGUGUCCCAAACCAUGCAAGUAGCUGCCAACAUGCUUGUGAUGGAGCGGGCUUGUGACUUCUUCUUCCGCCAUGCUGCACAGCUCUCUGGCAUCCCCCUCCGCAUUGCCGAGAGGGGCAGGAAGGAGUUCCCAUUGAAGAUUAACUUGAGUCAGAAAAAGUCUCGGGAUGCGGCUGAGGAGCUUUUGCUGCGCUUGCUUGAGGCCAAGCUCGAUGAUUUUAUGAUCUUGACCGACACUGUGAGCUGGAUGGCUGACGACCCGCCUCCAAAUGGGAAUGAGUAUGCGAAUGAGGUAAUUAUAUACCUUGAGACCUUGGCCUCCACUGCACAGCAGAUACUGCCCAUCCCAGUCCUCCGGCGGGUGCUUUAUGGGGUCCUCGCCCAGGUAUCUGAAAAGAUCGUGGGGCUUGUCCUUAGUGAUUCAGUCAAGAGGUUUAAUGCAAAUGCUGUGACAGGAAUAGAUGCUGACUUGAGGCUUUUUGAAUCAUUUGCUGAUAACCAAUCCCAUUUGUUUGGAGAUACUGAGGACUCGGGUGCAAGCGAACUGAAAAUGCCUUUAUUGGAAGCAAGGCAACUGGUUAAUUUGCUCAUGAGCAAUCACCCAGAGAAUUUCUUGAACCCAGUGAUCCGGGAGACGAGUUACAAUAAGCUGGACUGCAAGAAGGUAGCCACAAUAUCUGAGAAGUUCAGAGAUUCGUCAGAUAGGCUGUUCUCAACAUUUGGUACAAGGGGUUCGAAACAGAACCCAAAGAAGAAAUCACUGGAUGCCUUGAUAAACAGGCUCAAGGAUGGGAGCUGA